AUUGUUAGUGUUGGCGAUUCUUUUCGGUCAUGGUUCUACGGUGACAGUGUUGUGUCAGACGGGUUAAUUCGAUUGUUUUCUCCCAUACAUCCGUUAUUUCUUGCCAUACCCUACUUCAUGAAUUCAAAGAAGGUGUUCAAGGAGCUUGAUGAGAUUAUUUGUGAUCCUGAAUAUCCCGCUAUAGGGCUACUUAUGAAAAAUGAGCAGUUUUUGAAAAACGUUGAUAAUAUUUGUGAUUCAAAAGAAGUUUGCGACGCAAAGGUGUUCCGUUUUAAUGAGAGCAAAGCUCUUGAAUGGAUUGCUUUUCGUUUUCAGCGGCUUAGAGAUGCUCUUGUGGAGGAAGGCAGUCUACACAAGUUAAUUACUUCAAACAGUGAGGUGCUUGAUCGGUACUCCUUCGGCUUAUUGUCUGACUACAUGAAUCCUGAAUUGACUGCACUGGCAAAGGCACAUCUCUCAAUACAAGAUCCUGCUAAUAAUGAGAAUGAACGCGUAGACAUGUCAAUGAAAAGAAAAGCUGAAGAAUCCUUUGAAGAUAUCGUUCAGAAACCGGCUAAGAAGCCGAAAGAGUCGAUAAUAAUGAAGAAGCUGCAACAAGCUAGCAAGGGCACAAAGUCUAUUAAUAAUUUCUUCACUAAGAGAACUUAA